AUGGGUCAACAAGGCUCCCAGCUGCUGUCGGACAUCGAAGCAACGUCGAACUUCAACUCGAAGGAGAUCCAACGUCUGAAGAAACGGUUUAUGAAACUGGACCGUGAUGGAUCUGGCUCGAUCGACAAAGACGAAUUCCUGCAGAUUCCGCAGAUCGCCAACAACCCACUAGCGCUUCGACUGAUCGCAAUCUUUGAUGAGGACGGAGGAGGCACGGUCGAUUUUCAAGAGUUCGUUGCUGGUCUCUCUGCGUUUUCUAACCAAGGCUCUCGCGAAGAAAAGCUCAAGUUCGCAUUCAAGGUGUACGAUAUGGACCGAGACGGGCUGAUCAGCAACGGCGAAUUGUUCUUGGUACUCAAGAUGAUGGUCGGCAACAACUUGAAGGAUCAACAGUUGCAACAGAUUGUGGAUAAGACCAUCAUGGAAGCGGACACCAACGGAGAUGGUAAAUUGGACUUUGACGAGUUCCAGGCUAUGGUCGCUAAUACCGACGUGGCGAAACAGUUGACAUUGGAAGAUCUGUUCUAG